AUGUGUUUGAUGUUGCAGGAAGCAGUGACAUUCAAGGACGUGGCUGUGGUCUUCACUGAGGAAGAGCUGGGUCUACUGGACCCUGCCCAGAAGAAGCUGUACCAAGAUGUGAUGGCUGAGAACUUCAGGAACCUGGUGUCAGUGGGAGGCAAGAUCCCAAGGCAGAUGGAGACUUUUCCACAAGCAGGAGCCCACGAGGAGCUUUCUUGUUCUCCAGUAUGGCAACAAAUCCCAAGUAACUCAAUCAGGUGCCAAGAUUCCAUGAUAAAUUGGUCUCAGUUCUACAAACAAGAUGAUUCACCCUCUUCAGUUGCAGGAGGGCUAUCUGUUAUUUACAAUGGAGACUCAUCUCAACUGUGUAAUGAGUAUACAGAAGACUCCAGUGACGUCUCUAGCUUUGAUCUUCAUCAGCAUUCGCACUCAGGAUUGAAGUCUCUCACAUGUAAUGAAUGUGGAAAAGGCUUCCGUUAUAUCUCAGGACUCCGUAACCAUCAGAGAAUUCACACGGGAAAGAGUCACUACCAGCGUGAUGAGUGCAGUAAGGUGUUUAGUCAGAGCUCACAUCUGCAAAGCCAUCUGAGUGUCCACACUGGAGAGAAACCCUACAAAUGUGAGGAGUGUGGGAAACGCUUCAGACAUCGAGCGACACUCAAUGUCCAUUGCAAAGGCCACACAGGAGCCAAACCUUACAAUUGUGAGGAAUGUGGGAGGGCUUUUAUAUAUCCUUCACAUUUUCAGGAACAUCAGAGAAUCCACACCGGGGAGAGACCUUUCAAAUGUGACAUAUGUGGUAAGAAAUUUUGUCGUAGAGCAGCACUUAAUAAUCACUGUAUGGUUCAUACAGGAGAGAAACCGUACAAGUGUGAGGAGUGUGGUAAAGCGUUUGCUCGUAACUCGUAUCUUUAUAAAAUCCAUCAGAGGCUUCACACAGGAGAAAAACCUUAUAAGUGUGAGGAAUGUGGUAAGAGCUUCAAUCAGAGUUCACGACUUCAAGUUCACCAGGUGAUCCAUACUGGUGAGAAGCCGUACAAAUGUGAUGAGUGUGGGAAGGGCUUCAGUCGGAGAGCAAAUCUUCAAAUUCAUAGUAGAAUCCACACAGGAGAGAAACCCUAUAGUUGUGAGAAGUGUGGGAAGGUUUUCAGGCAGGUUUCAACACUUGUAACCCAUCAGAGAAUCCACAGUGGAGAAAAACCAUUCAGAUGUGAAGAGUGUGGGAAGAGAUUUUGUCAGAAAUCACAGCUUCAUUGUCACCAGAGAAUCCACUCCAGAGAAAAGUCAUGA